AUGGUCAAGAGUGCGUCAAUGGACAAUGCUGUGAUAAAAUGUGCUGAUGGACAGACCUGUUGUAAUAAGAAUUGCAUUGAUACCAAUUCCGAUUCAAAGAAUUGCGGAUCUUGUGGCAAAGCUUGUGCUGCUGGAGAAACUUGUCAGGACGGAACAUGUGUCAAUCCCGGUUGCAGUAAUGAUUCACAGUGUUCCGACGGUGUACUAUAUAAUUUGACUUAUCCUGAUUAUCCUAUGCCUGCUACAGGCAACUGCAUUAACAGUACCUGCUAUCUUUGCCUCUUUUGUACAUUUGAAACCUUGUGCAAUUCAAUCCAAAAUGCAGCAUGUGUUAAUACUACUAAUUGUAGUGUUCAUAAUACAUGUAAUUGUUGCGCACCUGCCCCUCAGACGACGUCGUUAGCAGAGUAA